UUUAUUACCAUUGAAAAGGAAAUUCGAAUUCGAUUUUGAUUUAGUUUAGAAAUAUUUCUAUCGAGAAGUAUUAUAAUAAAUAUGUUUUUGUUAACAAAAGUUUUAGUACUUUUAACAAUAUUGACUAUAUCGAUGGCUGAAGUAGAGGAGGAAUGUAUAGAGAAACUGGGUCAGGCUUUCGAAAAAGACGCAAAAGAAUUCAUUAAAAUGAUACGUUGUAUUCUCGAAGGAUAUAAAUAUAUAGACGCAGAGGGGAACAUCAAUUACGAUCAUAUCAAAGAAAACGGACAAUUGACGCAAGAUCAUAGACCGAUAUUUGAAAAAGAAUGCUCAAAUAUUACCGGAAAUAACGGGGAUGAAAAAGCGAUAAACUUAUGGCACUGUUUAUCUAAAAUCGAGGCUGUAUAAAAAUUAUUCUAUAAAUUCUAUGGGAUGUUACUUGAUUGUAAAAUUUUCAUGAAAUUCCAUCGAAGAUUAUGUAGGACUACAAUUUCCUUUCAAAUAAUAAAUUUAAUUAAAUUGUAA